AUGGGUAAAACUCUAGACAUGAGUAUAAUGCUCUCUAGCUUGGUUCUAAUUCUCUCAGUUAAUUCCUCAUUGGCGUCAGUAUCUUUGAAGGUUGAUUUCUACAAAACUACAUGUCCAUCUGCAGAAGCAAUAGUGAGAAGAGCUGUAAACAAAGCCAUUUCUCUUAACCCUGGCAUCGCUGGUGGCUUAAUCAGAAUGCAUUUUCAUGAUUGCUUUGUGAGGGGCUGUGAUGGUUCUGUAUUAUUAGAAUCCACACCAGGUUACCAAUCUGAGAGAGACCACCCUGCCAACUACCCAAGCUUACGUGGCUUCGAGGUUAUUGAUGAUGCUAAGUCCCAAAUAGAGGCUGUGUGUCCUGAAACUGUGUCAUGUGCAGAUAUUGUUGCUUUUGCUGCUAGAGAUAGUGCUAGCAAACUUGGGGGCUUAAAAUAUGCAGUACCAGCAGGACGUAGAGAUGGUCGCAUCUCUAUUAGCGACGAAGUGGGACAAAAUCUGCCAUCACCAAAAUUCAAUGCUGAGGAACUUAUAAAUUACUUUGCUCGAAAAGGGUUGUCAGCAGAAGAAAUGGUGACACUUUCAGGAGCACAUUCUAUAGGUGUAUCACAUUGUUCCUCCUUCUCUGACCGUUUAUACUCUUUCAAUGCCACUUUUUCUCAAGAUCCCUCUAUGGACCCUACGUUUGCUACAUUGUUGAAAACCAAGUGUCCACCACGGAGCAAUGGUGGUAGUACAGACCCAACGGUGGUGCUCGAUGCUUACACGCCUAACCGUUUGGAUAACAAGUACUAUAAGGGACUGAAGAACCACCGUGGUUUGUUGAACUCAGAUCAGACUUUGCUCGGAAGCAGUUCAAUAAGGCAAAUGGUGCUAAGUAAUGCUAAACAUGGUUCAAGUUGGGCAGUGAAGUUUGCUAAUGCAAUGGUGCACAUGGGUUCCAUAGAUGUGGUGACAGGAUCAGAAGGUGAGAUUAGGAGGCUUUGUAGCGUCGUUAAUUAA